GAAUUUCAAAGUGGCGCUCCACUAAUCAAGCGCCAUAAUUGUGCGAGUUAAUAAAUUCGAGAAAAUAUUUGCUUAGCCAAUGAAAAUAAAUACCAACAAAAAGGAAAACCGCAUGCAAUGUGCAGCAAUUUCGUAGUUCAGUAUCGUGUGAACUGUUGUAGGAGUCGAAUCGCGUGGCCGGCGUGGCGUAUACGUGAUAAUUCGAUAAUAUAAGCUAAGCUCUCUCUCUAGUAGUUUACCUGUACUAUUAUCCUGCGUGGCACUAUGACUUCUCACUCUUCCGCAUAUAUAAAAUUAGCCAUUUUAUUGCUAUAUCUAUUGCUAACGACCCACUGUCGACCACAAGACACGGAGACAAACGGCUCGCCGAUUAAUCCACUGCGUAAUGGUCGUUAUAUACCAGAGUUGCAUGGCGCUGAUCGUGGCAAAUAUAUACCCGACGAAAGCGGUAAAUAUCAUCAUGUUAAGGUGCCCUAUAACGGUGGUUAUGGGGAUCGUGGCCAAAGUUAUGUUCACGAUGCUCGUGGGCUGCCGCUACCACGGUUCGGCACGCUCAAUGGCUUCCAACUGGGACCGAAGGAUCAUUUGCGCUUCUCUGUAGAUUUCAAUUUCGACGGCAGCGGUUGGCAAAUCGUGCAGUUCGAGUGGAUAAAUGAUGAUGACAUCACAAAGCAUUACGAUUACAAGUAUGAAAAUCAACUAUGGCCAUCGGAUUAUGAUGUGAAUGCUGAUGUGGAAUCGACUGCGACAGAAGAGCCAGCGGAAGGAGAUACUACUAAUGUGCACGUCUCGGGCGAGUACCAAGAUGAUAUCUAUAAUGUGAAAUAUACGAAUGACAAUGAGCAAAAUGCUCCGAGUCAAUUCAACAUUCAAGAGACUAUAAGUGAUGUACUCGAUUACAUUCAGACAAAUGUGCUACCAACUCUUACGUAAAAGGCGGCGUGGUCUGGUCAAAGAAAAACUAUUUUCCUACUACUAAUUUUAUAUUACUCUGGCAAUAUAUAUCUCAUAUCUUGGCCGUGAAAAACUUGAA